CGUGUAAAAAUUCGCGCCAAUCGUACCUCCUCGUCAAACAGAGGGAUGGAACACAGACGAAUUCGACUUGGUGAGCAGUGUAUGUUGGAUGAAGACAUGCAAACAGAGUUCAAAAUGCACACGAAGAAUUCACUACUCGAAAUUCCUCCUCGCUGUCAGGCCUUCCAUAAAGGGCGCCUUGUGCGCAAGAUGCAGCCUACAAGCAAGACCAUCUCUGCGUUUUUGAAUACUGAAGGUGGCACAAUCUACGUGGGAAUUGAUGAUCACGCUGUUAUCUGUGGAAUCAAGCUGACUGCACCCAUGAAGGACCACUUCAUUCUUUCUUUGAACCAUUCCUUGUCACAGUUCACUCCACCAGUCCCUCAUGAACUUGUUCAAGUGCACUUUUUGGAAAUAGACGACUCUGGCAGCAAUGAAAACGCAGAAGUUGCUCCAUCGCCCGCAGAGAUGCCAACCGCCUAUGAUGCUUUGAACGGUAAUGAGGACAAUAGUGAAGCAGAAUUUCAAAGACUGGUGACUAAGGAGGGACCACGUGCACACCUGCUAGGAUGGUCCUGUCUUUGCGAUUUCGCUGAUCUCGAGGCCAAGCUGUACUUGAUUGUCAUCAAGGUUCACAAAUCUACCGAUAGAACUAUUUAUCAGAAUGAGGAAGGGCUAGCCUAUCGCCGAAGUAAUGGUGCAAAUCAGAUGAUGACCAUAAACGAUCUCAACACUUUCAUACAGACUGAUCUUAUUGAAGAAUAUGGCGGUUGGUUGGAUUGGCUGAGAAAGUUGGGCAAAUUCAUAGGGAUUCUUUGAACUGAAUCGUAUCUAUUGUAUCACAUUGCCGCUUCUUCAAUAACUUGCUUUGUUGGGUGCAAAAACACCUCCGUGAGCACUUUACAUACAUUGAUCAAAUUUCUUGAGUUCAAACCUUUA